AUGAGAAGAAAUAACCUUUUACUAUUAACACUUCUGCUAAUAUCAGAUGAUGUUUUUGGAAAAAAUGAAAAUAAAACUAUAAAACAGAUAAAAUCUGGUAGCAAAAAUAAUAGUAUCAGUAAAUAUAAAGUUAACAUUGCACGCAUAAAAAGGUCUUUCGAUGAUGUUGCUGGGAGGGUAUUAAUAUCUGGUAGAGAUAAUAUAAUUGAUGAUACUAAUCAAUAUGAUUACUUAGAUGGAAGAGCAAAUAAUUUAAAAUUGAAAGAAACUAUUGACAAAGAUUCGCCAUUUUGGGGAAACAGAGGUCGACGAGAAAGCACUUCCUAUGAAACGGUGCAAUUGCCAAUUCCCAGGCUUGAAGAUAAUAAAAAUUUAUAUAGAGUGUUAAACAUUGAUAAAAUAAAAGAAGAAAGAUUACCAUUUUGGAGCAAUCGAGGAAGGCGUGAUUCUGGUGAGUCUGAAUAUGAUGAUCCACCUGAAGAUUUAUUUUGGGCAAAUAGGGGAAGAAGACAAGACGAUGAUCCAUUUUGGGGUACAAGAGGUAGAAGGCAAGAUGAUGAAUCUCCUUUCUGGGGUAAUAGAGGUAAACGGGAAAAACUCGUUUUACCAUUAACGAGUAGCAAAGAUGGUUUUGAUGAUGAUGAACCUUUCUGGGGCAACCGUGGCAGACGACAGGAUGAGGAACCCUUUUGGGGUAAUAGGGGAAGAAGGGAACCAUUAGAAUAUUUUGGGGAUCAAGGAAAGGAUAAAGCUAAAUCUCUUAACUUGUACAAAGAUAUCACAAAAAAUGGGCCGAAAGAUUCAAUUAUUAACGCUAUUAAUGAUUUUAAAAUUAACGAUGGUGAUUUCGAAAGAAAUAAGAAAGAGGAAGUUCAUGCACCAUUUUGGAUGAAUAGAGGUAGAGAUAGCAAAAUUAAAUCUUUAUUCAAUGGCGUAACCAGAAAUCCUAUUCGAUAUAAUCCUAAUACCUCAAACAAAUAUUCAACUAACGAACUGCAUUCAAAAACAUUUCAGCAGAAUACUGUCCAUGAUGAUAGAAUCUAUGCUGAAGAGCCUCAUUAUAUUAUAGUAGAACGUAGCAGUCGUUCAUCGGCUGAAGAUGAUCCAUUUUUUAUUUCAAGAGGUAAGAAAUUUAGUGAAUCUGAUAUUGCAAAGGCAGUUAGGGGUAGACGAGGUGCUCUCGAAGAUAUAGUCAAAUCUGUACGCAAUGAUCCAUAUUACAUUGCUAGAGGUAAAAGAGACUAUAUAAAAGUUGGAAAGUCAAACGUAACACAAAGCCAAUUUCUUAAAACAAGAGAUCUUAUUUGUGCUACUGUUGAAUUAUUAAUGAUGAAGUAUUCAAAUGGGGAUAAAGUUAAAAGAGAAGCUAUUGAUAAUGACAGAGAUAGAAGAACAAUUUUGAAAAAACUGGCCUUACAGUUACAAAUGGAUCCAUAUUUCGUUAGUAGAGGGAAAAAGGAUGGUGGAAAUAAUAUCAACUCGGAUACGUUGAAGAAGUUUAUUAAUAAAGUGAUUGUUUUAUGCAAUUAG